AUGAGGUGGCACAAGGGGUUCAAUCCAUGGACGACGGAGGUGAAAUCUACCAUGGUAUGGGUUCAGCUGCCAGAUUUGCCUAUUGAAUUUAUUAAUAAAGAAGCAGUGAUGAGGAUAGGAGCAUUGAUGGGAAGGCCGGUUAAGGUGGAUAGAGCAACGGAAGAGGGAGCACGUGGAAAUUUUGCUAGGGUUUGCGUGGAGGUGGACUUGACCAAGCCACUACUAUCAACAUAUCAUUAG